AGCGGCUCCCGGCGCCGGGGUCUCCGCGAUCGCUGCUCCUCCUCCUCCUCCUUCCCCUCCUCCUCUUUCUCCUCCUCCUCCUCCCGCCGCCUCGCUACCGCCGCGGCUCGGGCUGGAGGCGCCGCUGUCAUUCCUGCGCCGGAGGAGCCGGCGCUGCCGGUGCCUGGGGGUCGGGGCGCGGGGAAGCCGGGCCGCGGGGGACCCAACAGGUAGAGCCGGGGGUGCCCGGCCGCGCGCCCCCCGCGCAUCAUGCAGCUCUUUGUCACCUCUCUCGCCCCCAGGCCAAAAUCCUGAGCAUGAUGGAAGACAAUAAGCAGCUCGCGCUCCGCAUCGAUGGGGCGGUCCAGUCGGCCAGCCAGGAGGUGACCAACCUGCGAGCUGAACUCACGGCCACCAACCGGAGACUGGCGGAACUGAGCGGCGGCGGCGGUGGCGGCCCCGGCCCGGGCCCGGGAGCGGCGGCCAGCUCCUCGGCGGCGGCGGACUCGGCGGCGAACAUGGAGAACCACCAGCACAGCGCGCAAGCACUCCUGCGGGAGGAAGUGUCCCGGCUCCAGGAGGAAGUCCACCUUCUCCGACAGAUGAAGGAAAUGCUGAUGAAGGACCUGGAGGAGUCACAGGGCGGCAAGUCCUCUGAGGUCCUCUCGGCCACCGAGCUCAGGGUCCAGCUGGCCCAGAAGGAGCAGGAGCUGGCCAGAGCCAAAGAAGCAUUGCAGGCCAUGAAAGCCGACCGAAAGCGCCUAAAGGGUGAGAAGACGGACCUGGUGAGCCAGAUGCAGCAGCUGUACGCCACGCUGGAGAGCCGGGAGGAGCAGCUGCGAGACUUCAUCCGCAACUACGAGCAGCACCGCAAGGAGAGCGAGGACGCCGUCAAAGCCCUGGCCAAGGAGAAGGACCUGCUGGAGCGCGAGAAGUGGGAGCUGCGGCGCCAAGCCAAGGAGGCCACGGACCACGCCACGGCGCUGCGCUCCCAGCUGGACCUCAAGGACAACCGGAUGAAGGAGCUGGAGGCGGAGCUGGCCAUGGCCAAGCAGUCCUUAGCCACGCUGACCAAGGAUGUCCCCAAGCGGCAUUCACUCGCCAUGCCGGGCGAGACGGUGCUUAACGGCAACCAGGAGUGGGUGGUGCAGGCGGACCUCCCGCUGACCGCAGCCAUCCGGCAGAGCCAGCAGACUCUCUACCACUCACAUCCCCCCCACCCUGCAGACCGGCAAGCGGUCAGGGUGAGCCCCUGCCACUCCCGGCAGCCCUCUGUCAUCUCCGACGCAUCUGCCGCCGAAGGCGACCGGUCAUCCACGCCAAGCGACAUCAACUCCCCUCGACACCGGACGCACUCCCUCUGCAACGGAGACAGUCCCGGGCCGGUUCAGAAGAACCUGCACAAUCCCAUUGUACAGUCACUAGAGGAUCUUGAAGACCAAAAACGGAAAAAGAAGAAAGAGAAGAUGGGAUUCGGCUCCAUCUCGCGCGUCUUCGCCAGAGGGAAGCAGCGGAAGUCCCUCGACCCCGGCCUCUUUGAUGACUCGGACAGCCAGUGCAGCCCCACGCGACAAAGCCUCAGCCUGUCCGAGGGGGAGGAGCAGAUGGACCGGCUGCAGCAGGUGGAGCUGGUCAGGACCACGCCCAUGUCCCACUGGAAGGCGGGAACCGUCCAGGCCUGGCUGGAGGUGGUCAUGGCCAUGCCCAUGUACGUCAAGGCCUGUGCGGAGAACGUGAAGAGCGGGAAGGUGCUGCUGAGUCUGAGUGACGAGGACCUGGAGCUGGGCCUGGGCGUGUGCAGCUCCCUGCACCGGCGCAAGCUGCGGCUGGCCAUCGAGGACUACCGCGACGCCGAGGCAGGCAGGAGCCUGUCCAAAGCUGCUGACCUAGACCAUCACUGGGUGGCCAAGGCCUGGCUGAAUGACAUCGGCCUGUCCCAGUACUCCCAGGCCUUCCAAAACCACCUGGUCGAUGGGCGGAUGCUGAACUCCCUGAUGAAGCGGGACCUGGAAAAGCACCUGAAUGUGUCUAAGAAAUUCCACCAGGUCAGCAUCCUGCUGGGGAUCGAGCUGCUGUACCAAGUGAACUUCAGCAGGGAGGCUCUGCAGGAGCGUCGGGCCCGCUGUGAGACGCAGAACAUAGACCCUGUGGUCUGGACCAACCAGCGGGUGCUCAAGUGGGUGCGAGACAUUGACCUAAAGGAGUAUGCAGACAACCUGACCAACAGUGGCGUCCAUGGUGCUGUGCUGGUGCUGGAACCUACAUUCAAUGCGGAGGCCAUGGCCACAGCCCUGGGCAUCCCCAGUGGGAAACACAUCCUCCGGAGGCACCUGGCAGAGGAGAUGAGUGCCAUCUUCCACCCAGCUAACUCCACAGGCAUCCGGGAGGCUGAGCGAUUCGGAACACCCCCCGGGAGGGCCUCCAGCAUCACCCGGGCAGGGAAGGAGGAGAACAGCAGUGGGAUCAAGUACAAGGCUGGCCGGCUGCCCCUGGGAAAAAUAGGAAGGGGCUUCAGCAGCAAGGACCCCGAUUUCCACGAUGACUACGGCUCUCUUCAAAAUGAGGACUGCGGAGACGAUGACUCCCAGGGCAGGCCAGAGCAGUGCCGUCUGGAAGGCUACAACGGCCUGGAGGUCACCAACGUAUAAGGAACCAAUGAUCCGCCAGACCCCACCCAUCGAUGCCCAGGGAGGAAGGGCAGCCAGAGGCCGUCACCAGUGUACAUAGCGAUCUGGGGCUGAGGAUGCUUCUUGGUCCCGGGCAAAUCCUAACAGACUGCUGUGACCUUGGAUGGGAGCACCGAGGAACGAGGAGGCACUGGCCCAGAGCACCUGCCAAGGUGCCCGGCCGCUCUGUCAUUGAGGCUCCACCUUAGAUGACUCAGCCCCUGAGCAGUCCAGGUGCCCCUGGGGCCUUAAACUGAACCACUGCUGCAGAAAGAGGCACAGAGUGCCCCCAAACACCCUCCCAGGAGGAGCAGGUGGGAUGCCAACCAGACACCCAGAGCUCAGAGUUAGCAAAGCCUGAGGCUGACUGGUCACCCACGUGGGCCCUUGCUGCCAGUCUAGAGGAGGUCUCAGCUCCAGCCUACAUGCCAAGAACUUGGCUUCUGGCUUGGGUCACUGACUCUCUCUUGGGAGAAUGCAAAAUGGGAAGCUCAAUCCCUCCCACCCUAAAAGCUUAAGAAGGGUCGUGUCGGGGUGGAUGUGUUGAAGGGCUACUUGGUCCCUCCUCCCAGGAGUGGCUACACUGGGUGGAGGCAGGUUGAUGAUCCCCACGGUUGGGGGGGGGGGGGCGGUGCUGAGCCGCAACACUCCCAGGAAAUGCAGACAUCCCACCAUCAGGAUGAAGGAUGCUGUGGCAGCAGGAUCCAGGGUGACUGUUCGGUCCCUGACAGCCCUACCAAGUGUGACAGUGGGUUUGGGGUUGGGAGCAGAGACAUGCUUGUCAUUGUUAGUGCAACAAACCUUGUUGUGACGUCUCUGUCACCUGACCUGUAGGUGUGCUCACCCACGUCCUAACUGAGCUGAAUCUCAGGUCACUAAGGUGGAAAAGACCCCUGCCCUCUUCUGGAUGCUGCUCCUGUUUUGCCGGGUGGCUUCUCCCCGGUGGCCCCACCUCUCUGUGCCUCAAAGUCUUCAUCUACAAUACUUCUAGUCCCUCCUCCCCCAGGAACUGUGUGAGGAUUAACACUUGCUAAUGUCUGUAACACUUUGUAACCUCUCAGGAGACAGGCAGGAAGUUAUGGGUGUCUGAUUUCCCAUCUACGACAGAGAACUAUAUGGUACGGAUUCUCUCCAGCUGUUUUGGUUAGAGCCACAUGCAAAAGGAGCACAAAGAAUGUUUAAUGCUCAGACGCUCUAGCACUUCCAAUAGGACUGGAUUCUGCCCCCUCCAAGAGGAAAAUCCCACGUGCCCAACCCUGAAAACCAGUGGAUUUACGUGUUUAGGCUGGAGUCCAUUGCCCUCGAUGCUGAGGAAUGACUAGGGAGGGACAGAAGGCACUGAGGUUCUACCUAAAUGCCAGUUAGCAAAGCAGAUCAUCUGAUGGGACCAUGAUGCUCAAUGUCCCUUGAAGCCUUUGGCACAGAUGGCCUACGAGAGGUUUGAAUUUCCAGGUCAGCCAUUGAAUACCGUCAAAGCAUCUUCUCUUCGACCUAAUGAAUUAUUUCCUCUCAAGGGAAAAGCACAAAGCACAUGGCCCAAGGAACUUAAGAAUGACUCCUCUCCGAGGCCCAAGACUGUGGUCUUCCCUCCAAACCGAACACAAGCACAGCCCUCGCACCACCAUAAACCAAACGCCUACUCUGCGGACAGUGGAUGCCCUCUCGUCUGAAUGCUUGGCCUCCUAGGACCAUAUUUCUGAUUCUAGGACCCGAGGGGUGAAGCUCUGGAACCCGACUUGGCUUUGCUGAGGUUCUAAACCCCAAGCCCAGUAUCUUUAUGACACGUAGCCACAUGGGGCCUGAGGCUGUAGAGCCCAAAGCCCGGUGGGGGAGGAGUGUGUAAAACCCUCCUCUAACCUGAUGCCACAGCCAGCAUCUAGGCCAGGUGCCCCCGGGACCCUGGGAUCUGCCUCUCUGGAAAGCAGCAAACCCGGGGCAGGGGUGCAAGGGUAGGUAUUUUUAUAGGAGCAGGAAUGGCAGACAGACAGGUGUCUGGAUGCAUAUCAUUAUUUGAAACCCAUGGCUCCCAUUAUUUGAAAUGCAUGGCUCCCAGACUCAAUCCCACUGGGGAUAAGAUGGGCAAGUGGCCAAUAUGGGGAGUCCCCAGCAGGGAUGACAUUGCCCCAAACACCCUGCAGCAUGAGGCCAGCAGGCUUGGGGCAAUGUGGGCAACCUCAGAUGCACCCUUUGGUCCAAAUGAUGCCCGAAUACAUUCUUGCCUCCCUGAUGUUCUGUCUCCCUAGCAGCCAGGUGAGUGUUCAGAGCUGGCUUUUCAAUGUGAGGAUGGGUUGGCUGAUUAACACCCCCUGCCUCUGUUAGAUCAGGUGAGCUCUCUCUCUGGAAAAAAAAAAAUCAUAAAUGUCAGCUCUGUUUCAAGAGUGGGCAGGAAGAACAGGGGGUGCAGGGGGGGCAUGGCAGAGAGGUUCUGGGACUGAUUAACACAGGCUGGCAGAGUGGCCACCCAUAGAAUAGUGACCUGCUACAUCCUGUCCAAACGGCCUGAGUUGUGGCCUUGGUCUUUAAAGGGUGAUGCGGCAUCUGGACCUGGGAACGAUAUGAAUGUGCUUCUCUGAGAGGUGUUGUCGCCUGAGUCCGUGGGUGCCGGCCCCUUAAAAAGAGGUAAUUGGUGCCAGAGGCUGGGGAGAACCAGGACAGGCAGAGACACCCCAUUGUCCUCCCAGAAGCUGAGGGCCAGAGCCAUCAGAAGGCACCUGCUGGGUGGACUCAGCUUUCUGACCCCAGCCACCUCUGCCAGGCCCCUUGGUCCUUGGCUAAGCAGGGCUUUUCUCCCAGAAAUCUGUCUGCCUCAGCAUUGCAGUCAUGGGUGCCCAGGCUGCAGGAGGCAGGGAGAAGCCACAGGAGAACCUGGACCAGAUGAUGUCGAGGGGGUGGGUCUCCACACAGCCCAGCCAGCACAGAGGGGCUUCAGAACAGGGACCCCAAAUCUCGAGGACACUGAACUGGGUCCAGCAGAAUGGGGCAGUUUGGCAAGAUGUGACCUCAGUGUUCCACGCAGGGACACCAGAACCCUCUAUUGCUCCAAGCCUAGCUCUCCCCUUCCCAUCAAAACCCCUAUGCUCUGGGCACCCUCGCUUCCACUCUGCUCUUUGAGGCUCCAACAGGCGCCGCCUGGCAGUGGAGCAGCAGGGAAAAGAAGCCUACGGGAAAGAGCAUUUUCUGAUACUAACAUCAUCAUGACCAGUGGUUGGAAGAUGAGAAUUUCCUGAGCCCUAACAUCCAGGGGAGUUUGUGGCUGCAAAGGAAACAAGUUGUCCAUGAACUAAGAUGAUGUUCUUGACAUUAAGCUUCCAGUCAUGGCCCUGAAUGUUUUCCCAAGCGUGAAUUUUAACACUGUAACAAUAAAUACUACUCCG